AUGGCGAACCGCGGCUAUGAUGUUGUCGUCGACGUCGACGAGGAGGGCGACUUGGGCCAUACCGACCUCCAAGAGGACCUCGAAUUCCACCCCUCCAACUUCGAGAACGAUGCCCAGCGGCAGAACAAGGUUACGCCAGACCGCAGCGCGGCGGGCACCAACUUCCAGCGGGGCGGCGGCGGUGGAGGAAGCGGCAGCGGCGGCGCGGGCGGCAUAGUCGGCUCGAAGAAAUACCUGUGGAGCAUCGGGUACUACCAGCAGUUCUUCGACGUGGACACGAACGAGGUCAUCAAGCGCUGCUGGGCGGCCAUAUUCCCGCGCUCCAACUUCCUUGACGUCCUCGACGGCAACCCGGACCUCUACGGCCCGCUGUGGAUCGCGACCACCGUCGUCAUGAUCCUCUUCCUUACAGGCACUAUGAGCCAGUACCUCGCGCACCGCCAUGAGGACCACUUCCCCUACGAUUUCCGGCUGCUGAGUGGCGGCGCGGGCCUAAUCUACGGCUACACACUCUUCAUGCCGCUCGCCCUAUGGGGCCUGCUGAAGUGGUUCGGCAGCGAGAACGCCAACGUGCUCGAGUGCUGGGCGCUGUACGGCUACGCGAACAUCAUCUGGAUCCCCGUGGCGCUGAUCUCGUGGUCGCCCAUCACCAUCCUCAACUACGUCUUCGUCGGCGUCGGCUUCGCCAUCUCCGCCGUCUUCCUCUUCCGCAACCUCUGGCCCAUUCUCUCCGCCACCGACCACAAGACGAGCCGCAUCCUGCUCCUCGUUGUCCUCGUGCUGCAUGCAGCCCUCGCUGUCGCCAUCAAGGUCCUCUUCUUCGCGCAGGGAAGCCCGCUUGACAAGAAGGGUCACCAUGACGAUGAUGAUGACGACGACGAUGACGACGAUGAUAAGGCUAGGUUGUUGAGGAAGCUGUUCCGUUUCUAA